AGCUAUUGAAAAUGAUAUAUUUUUGUGUUGUACAUAUGUGAUUGGUUUUGGUAUUUUCAGGAAGAUCAGCCAAACCAGACUAGAUGACCCGUCCACUCAGCCUUCUUGCGGACAGGAACAUGAAAUUUGAUGCAGCGAAUCCGAAAAAGCCCAGACGUAGAGAUUCUGAAUCUAAAAGGAAACGGUCAUCCAGACAAAACAGCAGUUGUCAGUCAAAUAUUUCUUCACCACAUGUUAGCCCAUUCCAUGAACAGAGUCCACAUAGUCAGUCCCAUAGCCCAAUGUCUUCUCACAUGAGCCCAGUGUACCCGGCCCAAUCACCGUAUCCAGUCUCAAGUCCAGCGCAGUCGGUUCCAAGUCCGGCUUUUUCAAUGCAGAGGCAAUUUUUUCAAGAAAGUGAAAUCAGCGGGUCAUGUACAGACGACAAAUCUCGACUCCCAACCUUCCUAAAAGAAGAAUGUCAUAUUUCGUCCUCUUCCUUGAAUGAUAAUGAUAAUCAUUGUGCUACAUCGGAAAGAAUAUGUGUAGAACAAUUUCAACAGUUUGACGCCAUGGAAAUAACUGUUGAUAAUAACUUAGACGUUUAUCCAGUCGGUUUAGAUUUGGUAUCUCCCAAUGUAGGAAGUGAGAUUACAACAGCAACUACAGAAAGAAAUAUAAUAUCAGCUGGGGCGGCAGAGAAUAUGAUAUUUAUAGAAGAUUACGGUGGCGAAGAUAUUAUUUGCUCCCAAGAUAUUGACAGCCAAAACAAGCAAAUUAAACCCCAUGCGACGGAAAACACAACCUCUCCAAUUGUUUUAACUGUUAAAAAUACGGAUGGAAAAUUAAGUUUAACUGGAGAAAACGGCAUCGGGCAGGUAAAUAGAAUAGUACCAACACGUAAUACAUUCAUAGACAUAAGCCGGCUAACACCUGAGCAGAUUAAACAGGUUUAUGAAUGGAUAAACUUUGGAGACCAUCUUCAAACAGAUACCGGAAUGAAAUUGGAACACACACCUGUAUUAUCCGGUAUCAGUGACAUACCUGUUUCCACAUCGUCGGGUAGUUCCGGAGAUUUGUAUGAUUAUAGUGCAAUGCAGUUAGCUAAUAUGGGAAGUGGAGAUAUUGAUCCCAAUUUUGCAAAAAGCAUUGUUGAACAAGACGUUGUACCAGAUGAAGCUUCAGAUGUAUAGUCAGUCGUUCGUGAUAACUUUGUAUCGACUUAAACACCGUGUUCCAUAUACGUUCGUUCGUGAUAACAGUGUAUUGAUUUAUGCAUUUUAUGUUUUAUAUAUGAUCGUUCCAGAUAACCGUUUAUUGAUUUAUACAUACAUCUAUGUUCAACGUGUUUGUUUGUGUUAACUAUAUAUUGAUUAACAUUACCGCAUUCAUGUUCCACAUAUUAUGUUCGUUUGUGAUAACUGUAAUUUGAUUUGUACAGCACAUACAUUUUUUACUUAUGAUGGCUAUGAAACCAACGCGAUGACAAUCAUAUGCUGCUGUGCAUACGUGGCUGGAUUUUGCGACUAAUGAACAAUCGAAAAAAAUACAGUACCUUUUCAAUGAAUAAAACGUGUCUUUAAACUGGAUUUUAUCAUUAGUACGAUAUAAAUACUGGACUAUGAUACUGUAAAUGUAUGUUAAUAGCUUUCUAGAUUGUCAAAUCUUCCGGUAUGUGAAAAUGACGACAAGACAAUGUGUGAUAAAGGACUUAAACAAAUUUGUACUGCACAAUGACGAUCUAUUUAUUGUCUUGGAACAUUGAUUUGCUGAAUAUAGUUCGCCGUGGUUCUUCUCCAUAUAUGUAAUUCAAGUGAAAAUCUCAUAUUUGUAAAAUCGAAAGCCCUGUCCUUAUCCUAAUAAAUUCUAUUAUUGAUA